UCUUCAUCCUUCUUCCAUUCUCUCUGCCCCCUUUUUUUUUCUUGAGUUCAUUUGUCUCAUUUCCUACUGUUUAUUCUUUCCUCGGGAUUUGGUCCAAAAGACAGCCAAACUCGAAAUCCCAGAUUGUUCUUGUGGGAGUUAUAAGGAUUCCAAAUCCCGAGGAUAUUAAAAAGUUCGAUUUUCCAGUGUUUGUCUUUUUGUUGUCUCUCCUCUUUUGUCUUUUUCUAAGUUUCUUGGUACCGCAGUUGACCCUUUUCUUCUUCUUGGAAGAUCGCUGACUUAGGCUACAAAUUCAAAUUCCUCUUCACUUGCCACUUUGAUUCUGUGCUGCCCAAUAUUGACUCUCCUCAGAUCUGUGCAUUUGAAAAUUAAGGUUACACAUUUGAGUGAGAGAUCAUGAAUUCCUUCUCACAUGUUCCUCCAGGUUUCCGGUUUCACCCAACUGAUGAAGAACUUGUGGAUUAUUACCUUAGGAAGAAAAUCACCUCCAGAAGGAUUGACCUUGAUGUUAUUAAAGACAUCGAUCUCUACAAAAUUGAGCCAUGGGAUCUUCAAGAGUUAUGCAGAAUGGGGACAGAAGAACAGAGUGAUUGGUACUUUUUCAGCCACAAAGACAAGAAAUAUCCAACAGGAACAAGAACAAAUAGAGCAACAGCAGCAGGAUUCUGGAAAGCAACAGGAAGGGACAAGGCUAUAUAUUCUAAGCAUGACUUGAUUGGGAUGAGGAAGACAUUGGUGUAUUAUAAAGGGAGGGCUCCAAAUGGACAAAAAUCUGAUUUUAUUAUGCAUGAAUACCGACUUGAGUCUGAUCCAAAUGGUGCUCCUCAGGAAGAAGGAUGGGUUAUAUGUAGAGUGUUCAAGAAGAAAAUAGCAGCUGGCAUGAGGAUGGAUACUAGUGAGCAUGGUUCACCAAUUUGGUAUGAUGAUCAACUAUCAUUCAUGCAAGACAUGGACUCCCCCAAGCCAAAUUACAUUAACCACUAUCCUAAUAAUUACCCUAAUUGCAAGAAGGAACUCGAUAAUUUGCACUACCAAAUCCCACCUCAUCAUCAAAAUCACCACCAAUUUCUUCAUCAACUUCCUCUUUUAGAAACUAAUUCUAAACUUGUAGCAGCACCUCCUGGUACAAUAAGUUGCAGCUCAAUGCCAGUAUUUGGCAUUAAUGUUAAUCAAUCAUCAAUGCUCACACAAGAACGUAUCCCUCCUACGUUUGCAAAUAAUGAGCAAGUUGCAGAUCAACUGACCGAUUGGCGAGUACUCGAUAAAUUUGUAGCUUCUCAACUUAGCCAAGAAGAUGAAAAUAAUAACUACUCAUCAAAUGCGACAACCACAUUUCAGGCUACGGGCGAUGAUGGGAAUAUGAACAAGCAAGAAAUGGCCCCGGAAAAUAACUCUACAGCAUCUUCAAGUUCUCAAAUUGAUCUGUGGAAGUGAACUGAAAUUAAAUCCACCAAAUAAUAAGUUACUGCUCAACAAUAUCAUAGGAGGAAUUAAGUACAGCAUCCUUAUUGAUUGAAAAAUAUCUGAAGAUAUAUUUGUACAUUAUAAAAUGUAUAGAAAUUGUACGACAUUAUUUCUAAUUGUAUUAACUUAAAAUGAUGAUUAACUGAUCAUAGUGAUGAAGCUAUAGGUCUAUUAUAUAUGGUGCUGCAUGGAGUUAUAAUUGGUAGCAUGCAUUGACAUUGUGUAAAGCAUAUGGCUAAAUAUCUUUGUUAUGGUCAUAGCCAUUGCUUUGUUUAUGUAGUAUAACCAGCCGACUAUUUCCGGCUGUUUAAAUUGUUAUUAAAUCAUAUUCAGGUAAUAAUAAUAUCUACUCUCCUUUUCAAUUU